AACUCAAUGAAACGAAAAUAAAUUUGAAAAUUAAAAAAGUGAAAAUCCAUUUUUUUUUGUAUCACAGAGCAGAGCAAUUCAAGAAAAACUAUAACAAAUGGAAAAUAUUUAAAUAUUUUCAGUUAGCAUGAUAUUUAAGAAUCGUGACUUUUAUUUAAUUUUAUGGUGGAGUGUUUUAAUUCAUGUGAAUUCCGCAAAAACAGAAAGAGAGGAUGAUCAUGUUCACAUUAAAGUUCAUGUUCCACAAAUAUACAAAAAACAUUUUCACCAUAAAACAAUAGCAAAACAUCAUUUUCACUUUCCAAAGAAAAUUAAUUUUCAACCAACACAUCCAGAAUCUGUAGCAACAAAUAUUGAACCAGAAAUUGAUUUUCCACUUUUAAGUGCACCUGUUGUUGACAAAUUCAUAAAAUGGCAAGAAAAACCACAUACACCAUUUACUUGGCAAAACAGUGAUCAAUCAAUUCAUGAUUUUAUUCCUGAAAAAUUAAAAACUUUAAAAUCUCCUUCAAAUAUUGAAAUUGACGAAUACAAAAUUUUAAAUGGCAGAAAUAAUUAUAAAUAUCAUGAUUUGGAAACAGAAUACUUUCCACACAAAUACGCUCAAAAAUUUUAUCCACAUCAAAAUUCAAUAAGUGGUAUAAAAGAUUUUCGAAUAAAUAUUGAAAAUGAUUAUAAAAAAAAUCCAAUCAAACAAUAUUCCAAUUAUCGUGAUGAUGAAGAUGAUGAAGAUCAAGAACAACGUGAUGAAUAUCAUGAAGAUGCAGAUGCAGAUAGUUAUUUAGAAAAUACUGAAACAAUACAUUCACCAUCAAAUUCACCUUAUUCACCACAAAAUAUACCAAUUAUAAGCGGUCCCGGGCAUUAUUAUGAUGCUGUACCAUCAUCACAUUCAAAUGAUCAUUAUUAUUCAACAAAUUAUAAUUCUGAUUCAGAUCUAUUACAACACGGAAAACGUGCUGUUAAUAAUAGCUAUAAAAAACAAAAAUAUAAAAGACCAUACCGUGAUUACAAGGAAUCAUUAAAAUUAUAUGAUGAUGAUAAUAUUUGGAUAUCUAAUUUUCCUCCACAAAAUCAUUUUAGUGAAUGGAGUCCUAAUAUUUUCGGUAAAACACCACCAGUCAUUGAUCAUAGUAAAACAAAAUUAAGUGGAAGGAAACCAUUUGGUUUUAGUUCAGAUAAUGAAUUUCAAACAUUGAAUCAAGGUGGUAAUAAUUAUAGCAAUAAUAAUUUUGAACCAUAUUUUGGAAAAAAUUUGGAAAUGAGUGGUUUAAAUGAUUAUCGUCCAAAAUAUAAAAGACCGAAAAGAAAAUUUAAACCGAAAAAAAAUAGAUACUCACAUAGCGGACCCGCUUAUGCUUAUUAAAAUUAAUCUUGCAAAUCUUCUAUAGAAUAUAAAGUUUUACCUGAAUUCAAAAAUGGCGUCCUAAUAACAUAAUCUAUAAUUCAGCUUAUACGUUAACUGCUGAAUUUAGUAAAAAUGUAGCAUUAUUAAACUUCUUAAUUUAUAAUACACAUUUUGGAACUCAAGAAACGGUCUGAAUCAGCGAUUAGCACUUUACGCUAAAUAUUUUAACAAAACAGUAUGUUACUGCA